AUGAAUGAAAGCUUAAAUGUCGGGGAAACAUCUUCCGCCCCUCGAAAAAGAAGAGGAAAGUAUUGUGCAGCCUUUGACUGCAAUAAUAGCGCCUAUGAUGUAAACGGCACUCAUACAAGCUAUCAUUUCUUCGAGUUUCCCAAGGACGCUCAGCGAAGGAAUCGGUGGUGUUCACUUAUCAAGCGGCGACACGGACAGGACAACUUUGUUGUUUCCACUGCCACUGUCCUCUUUCAUGAGAAUUUUCAGGCAGAAGAUAUCUCCAAAAAACUUUCUGGUUGCUGGAAUUUAAAGACAGGUUUGUGAUAUUGUUGAGCUUUUGUUGUGCUUUUGGUAUGUUUACAUGGCAACAGUGCUGUGUGCGUUCAUGAUUUGAGCUAUCAAAACUUAAAAUAUUUUGGUCUUUAGAAACAAGCAUUCGUUUAAUUUUUCCCAAAUUAAAGAUUUUGGUUGUUUUAUUCGACGAUUGUUGUUUUAUUGUAAACUUUAUGAUUCAAAGUGUUUCAUGUCUUGUUAUUUUUAUGCUUAUUAAUAUUGCUGGACUUAACAAAAGCAAUCACUUUAAUUGCAGAUUAACUCAUAAUAAAUAAAUCUGAAAUGAUUACUAUCACAUUUAUUAAGUUUUAUUUAUUUAUUCAUUUAUUUACAAGGUGCAGAGCCAUGUCUAUUUUGCUGGACAAAGCAAGCAAACCAAAGAAAGGCACCAAGAAAAAGAAAGAUUGAUGAGUCAACUGUUGGAGUAGCAGCAUCAGCAUUGCUCAGUAUUACCCUCUGACAAUGCCUCAACUGAUGCUGCUGCUUCAUUUUCACAGUGUGAUGAAAAUGCUGCUGAAGUGGAGUGUGAGACAGAGUCACCUCAAACAGAGCCUGAUGUUGUCUUUCAACUGCAAAGGAAAAUUGAAUCACUUGAAACUCAGCUAGCUGACUGCCAGGAAAAGCUCAGUGAGGCAGAAAAGGAAAAUGCUGUGUUGUUGGAACGUAAAUUUCCCAUCGACAAAAUUAAAGAUGACAAUGCUGCUGUUUUAUUUUACACUGGAUUCCCAAGUUACGAGGCAUUAAUUAGCUUCUACAGAUACAUUGAGCCGAAGCUUUCCAAAAUGCAGUACUGGAAAGGUGAAAAUCUAGUAAAGGAAAGCCAGCCUUAUCAACUUGAUGAUAACAAGGGUAAACCUGGGCCAUCAAGGAAGCUUACUUUUCUGGACGAGUUCCUACUGGUGCUUAUGAGACUGAAGGCUGGUCUAUUUGUACAAGACCUUGCUGACAGAUUUGGCAUCAGUACCAGCCUGGUUUCCAGGAUCUGCAUCACCUGGAUAAAUUUGCUCUAUCAUGAACUCAAGGACCUGUUUCCAUUUCCCACACAGGAGCUUGUUUGCAAAAACAUGCUCAAGGAGUUUGCCCAGUAUGCCACAACGAGGAUCAUUUUAGACUGCACUGAAAUAUUUAUUCAGCGACCGUCUGCUAUGUUGGCCCAGUCAGAGACAUGGUCAGAUUACAAACAACAUAAUACUUGGAAGUUGCUAGUCCGGGUAACCCCAAAUGGACAGGUCACUUUUUUGUCAGAUCUCUGGGGCGGGCAUGUGUCUGACAAGCAAAUAACAAGAGAGACUGGUGUCUUAGAUUUGUUGCAAGUAGGUGAUAAUGUCAUGGUUGAUCGCGGAUUUGACAUUUCUGCAAUUGUACCUGCUGGCAUUACAGUAA